UUUUUUUUUUUUUUUUCUUUUUCCUCCCUCCGUCUUUGUUUCCUUCCCCCUUUCCCCCCCUUCCCCUCCCUCCAUCCCCCCUUUCCUCCUCCUCCUCUUUUUUAGAAGCAGCAAUCGGAGAUGGAUGUCUCUCUUUGCCCUACCAAGUGCACUUUCUGGAGGGUUUUUUUGCUCUGGAGCAUUUGGGGAGACUAUCUGCUUUCGGUGCUGGCUUGCCCUGCUAAUUGUCUUUGCAGCAAGACAGACAUCAAUUGCAAGAAGCCGGAUGAUGGGAACCUCUUCCCUCUCUUGGAAGGGCAGGAUUCAGGCAGCAGCAAUGGCAACACGAGCAUCAAUAUCACGGACAUCUCAAGGAACAUCACUUCCAUACACAUAGAGAACUGGAAGAACUUGCAGACACUGAACGCCGUUGACAUGGAGCUGUACACGGGACUCCAGAGGCUGACAAUCAGGAACUCAGGACUACGAAACAUCCAGCCAAGAGCCUUUGCCAAGAACCCCCACCUGCACUAUAUAGACCUCUCCGGGAACCGGCUCACCACUCUGUCAUGGCAACUCUUCCAGACACUGCGACUCUUUGAACUGAGACUAGAGAGGAACCUUUUCAACUGCAGCUGUGACAUCCGCUGGAUCCAGCUCUGGCAGGAGAAGAGCGAGGCAAACCUGCAGUACCAGGAUCUCUACUGCAUGACCAUGGAUGCAGCCAUCAUCACUCUGAAGGAGAUGAACAUCACCCAGUGCGACCUUCCUGAGAUCAGUGUGAGCCACGUGAACCUGACGGUGCGGGAAGGGGAGAACGCGGUCAUCACCUGCAAUGGCUCAGGAUCGCCACUGCCGGACGUGGACUGGACAGUGGCUGAGCUCCACUCCAUCAACACCCACCAGACCAACCUCAACUGGACCAAUGUUCAUGCCAUCAAUUUGACCUUGGUGAACGUCACCAGCGAGGACAAUGGAUUCCUGCUCACCUGCAUUGCUGAGAAUGUGGUGGGGAUGAGCAAUGCCAGUGUGCUGCUCACUGUCUACUAUCCCCCUCGCAUCCUUACUCUGGAGGAGCCGGUGCUGCACAUGGACCACUGCAUUGCGUUUGCAGUGCAUGGGAACCCAGCUCCCACCCUGCACUGGCUGCACAACGGCCAGGUCCUCCGCGAGACCGAGAUCAUCCGCAUGGAGUUCUACCAGCAAGGGGAGGUGUCUGAGGGCUGCCUGCUCUUCAACAAACCCACCCACUACAACAACGGCAACUACACCAUCGUGGCCACCAACCAGCUGGGCUCAGCCAACCAAACUAUCAAAGGACACUUCCUUGAAAAGCCUUUUCCAGAGAGCACGGACAGCUUUGUCUCAAUCGGUGAUUAUGAAGUGAGUCCCACCCCACCCAUCACUGUGACCCACAAACCAGAGGAGGACACUUUUGGGGUUUCCAUAGCAGUUGGGCUGGCAGCUUUUGCUUGUGUCCUCUUGGUCGUGCUCUUUAUCAUGAUCAACAAGUAUGGCCGGCGCUCCAAGUUUGGGAUGAAAGGUCCCGUGGCAGUGAUCAGCGGCGAGGAGGACUCAGCCAGCCCUCUCCACCACAUCAACCAUGGCAUCACAACGCCCUCAUCGCUGGACGCCGGCCCGGACACGGUGGUGAUCGGCAUGACGCGCAUCCCCGUCAUCGAGAACCCCCAGUACUUCCGACAAGGUCACAACUGCCACAAACCAGACACGUAUGUCCAGCAUAUUAAGAGGAGAGACAUCGUUUUGAAGAGGGAGCUGGGAGAAGGUGCCUUUGGGAAGGUGUUCUUGGCCGAGUGUUACAACCUCAGCCCCACCAACGACAAAAUGCUGGUGGCAGUGAAGGCUCUGAAGGACCCCACGCUGGCAGCCCGCAAGGAUUUCCAGCGGGAGGCAGAGCUGCUCACCAACCUGCAGCACGAGCACAUCGUCAAGUUCUACGGCGUCUGCGGCGACGGCGACCCGCUUAUCAUGGUCUUCGAGUACAUGAAGCACGGGGACCUCAACAAAUUCCUCAGGGCACACGGCCCAGAUGCAAUGAUCCUGGUGGAUGGGCAGCCUCGACAAGCCAAAGGGGAGCUAGGGCUAUCCCAGAUGCUCCACAUUGCCAGCCAGAUUGCCUCUGGAAUGGUGUACCUUGCCUCCCAGCACUUUGUGCACAGAGACCUGGCCACCAGGAACUGCUUGGUUGGAGCCAACCUGCUGGUGAAGAUUGGAGACUUUGGGAUGUCAAGAGAUGUCUACAGCACUGAUUACUACAGGGAAGGGCCGCGUCUGAAGGGCCAGCUCAGCGCAGCGUGGCAGCGACAGAGACUGGCACCGUCGGCAGCUGCAACAGUUGGAGGACACACCAUGCUGCCUAUCCGCUGGAUGCCUCCAGAGAGCAUCAUGUACAGGAAAUUCACCACAGAGAGUGAUGUCUGGAGCUUCGGGGUGAUCCUCUGGGAGAUUUUCACCUAUGGGAAGCAGCCCUGGUUCCAGCUCUCAAACACAGAGGUCAUUGAGUGCAUUACCCAAGGCCGAGUUUUGGAGAGGCCCCGAGUCUGCCCCAAGGAGGUUUACGACAUCAUGUUGGGCUGCUGGCAGAGGGAACCUCAGCAAAGGCUCAACAUCAAGGAGAUCUACAAGAUUCUCCAUGCUCUGGGCAAGGCCACACCAAUCUACCUGGACAUCCUUGGCUAGCAGUGGCCACUUGUUGGAAGUCCCUGCUCCUUCCUCCCGUCCUUCCUUCCCUCUCCACCUCCCAAACCCUUUUCCUCUCAGCUCCCAAGCAAACAUCUUCAUAUAAACUCAAGUGCCUGCUACACAUACAACACUGAAAACAAAAAAAAGCAAAACAAAAAGCAAACCAACAAAAAACCCACAGAACAACAACCUGUAAAGCAGUUUGGCUUAUAUAUAUUUAUAGAUAUCUCUCUCUAUAUAACUUCCACACCAAUACAGAAAGAAGCUGCUGUUACAGAAAAUCGUGAGACUAUAUUAAAAAAAAAGAAACAAAAAAGGGAGAAAAAUACUUAAAUAUAUAUAUAUAUAAUUAAAAAGAAAAAAAAAAGAGAAAGAAAGGAGAAGGUAUCUUUCCCCCGAGCAACCAAGCAGUGAAAUGUAACCCUGCUGUGAGUAUGGUUCGGGCAGCUGGGCAGGGCUCUAGACUGGCUGUGGCAGCAAUGCCAUCCUGGGUAGGAGCUGCAGGAAGAAAGCCUUGCCCUGGUUGUAUGAUAUGCACUGAAUGUGUGAAAUCAGUCCUCCCUUUUCGUCCUUGCCUCCCUCCCUCCUUGCCAGCCCGCAGGUGAUGGGCACAAAGCCAGGGCAGUGCCCCUGGAUGAACUCUCUUUUACCAACCCCUUCCUCUUAGUCCCUCCUCAUCCCUUUCUGCCUUCCUGCCUUUUUCCUCCCUCCAACAUUUCAGGACAAUUUUUCUAAUUUGCUGAUUCUUAAAUGUAUAGACUCAAGGCUUUUGAACACACAGUCAAAGGAUUGUGGCACCUACGGGUAAAACACACACGGGGGAGCAGCCACCCUCCUGCAGGCUGCAGGCUCCUGCCCCAGCCCUCCUCUGCCCCAGCCCUCUGCCCGUGCUGGGAGAGCAGCAGGACCAAAGCAGCUGUGCCUGGGAGUCCAGGGGGGGCCCUGGGGACCCGGUCCUGAAUCAUCCCCAACCCACUCCAGUGUGAGACAAGAGUGCUGCUCACCCAGGGCAUCACUUUGGAGGAACAACCCCGCUCCUCCCUGUCCUUAUGGCUGUCAGUGGCCAUGGGGCUGGUCAGUGGCCAUGGGGCUGUUCCCCUGCCCUCAGCUGUCUGCACCAGGGCCAAAUCAGCCCCCGGUGUACACUUAUAGUGAGCGGGGUUGGAUCCUUGCUCUCCUCAUGGGGGAAAGGCUACAGGGUGCAGACAGCUGGGAACAUGCCUGCAACCCCGCUGGGCAUUCUGUGGGGUCAGCAUAUCCCAGAGCUCUUCCCCCUCAUCCUCUGCCCUUCCCCAUUCCUGCCCCAUGCCUCAGCCCAAGCCUCAGGCACAAGCCAGCGGGGGGACAGGGAGGGGGACCAGGCUCGUGAGAUGGCUGGGAACCUACCAACACCUGCCUGCAGCUCCCUUGCCAUUCUCCUCACGUCCCCAUCCCCUGAAAGGAUUGAUGCAUCUGCCUUUGAGCUGUUGUGAAAUGCAGAGGCUGAAGAAUAGCUCCACAGGCAGCCCCGGGAGGAGGGGGGAAGGAGGGGAAGGUGCCUUCAGGAGCAGACGGCUCAGCGGAUGGCCGCAGCGGCCAGCCUUGCAUCUCAAUGAGGAGAAAGGCCUGACAGGCAGCAACAGGGGGUGCUGGGGACAGCCAGGGAGAGACAGCAGCAUCCUCACUGUGGCUGAUCUCCCCGGAGCAGAAAAUAAUCCUGAACUGGGGAAACAGUCAGUCAGUUGCUGGAUCCUGCCUGUCCGGGCUGGGCUGAGAGAACAAAACCUUUCUGGGCCUUUUUUUCAUAUGGGUAAUGGAGGAUGAGGGGGAACCUCAGCUUGGCAGCUGCUCUCAGGAGGCAGGGAACGGGCGGCACAGGCUUUGUCAAGGCGAUUUUGAGAAGGCAACAACUGCCAGCACAAAAAUAGCCUGCUCGGAUGUGGCACUUGUGGAGGGCAAUGCAGAUGGGGGAAGGGGGGACAGAGAAGGGAUCUUGGCUCCUUCCCCAUGGCCAGAGUAAUAUUCAUGUCCAGGAUGCAAGGGGUGCUAGGUGGCUGGUUGUGGCUUGCACUGAGAGGGGAGGUCUUGCAUCCUCUCCCCAUCCCCCAUGUCUCCUGACAAUCAAUAUCUCUCACUCAUGGCACUGGCAUGGCCUGUCUGAUGGCUUCAGAUAGAGGCAGGGGACACUGCUAAAGGAGGAUUGUGGUGGCAACAGCAGCUGUGGGUUUAUUCUGUCUCUGUGUAAUGAGCAGUGAGAGCCUGGGGUGGGAGAUGGCGGGUGGCAGGAGCCACGUGGGAGUGAGGACACAACCUUCCUCUGCCUGUUAGAGAGAUCUGGGCUAGUGGGACAGACUCGUGCCCAUGGGGCCUGGACAGACUGCCACUGAACAGGCACCAGGUGCUCACAGCAUCUCCAGUGAUGGCACGGUCAUGGAUGAGGCUGUGGGCCAGCACCAGGAGUCCACACACAGGAAUGCUGUACCAUGCUGCCUCUCCAUAGCAGGACCUUGCUCUACUGGGAGAAGAUAUCCUGCCUAUUUAGGCCCAACUUUGAGAGGGGAAACGACUGAUUAAAAGGUUGCUGGCCCCAGCCUGGCUCCCUUUUUGUGCAGGCUGCUUGGCUGAAAGGGUUGGAGAUGCAGCGCAGGGAGAGAAGAAGCAUGGCUGUUAAUUGUCCAACAUCUCCAGAAGAAAACUUUUUCCUGGGGCAGCCUGUCUCUUACCCCGAGUGGUUUCUUGCUCUUGUGGCUCCCAGGCACUGUGCCAGGUUGUACAAGGCCACAAUUUUGUCCACCCCUGUCUCUCACUCUCACACUGUCAUUUCUUUUUUGGCUUUUACACUACAAAGUCACCCACAGAUACCAGGUCCCAGCUGAUGAGAUUCCCUCCUCACAGCUGCACAGCAGCUACAUCCUCCCCUCCUCACUUCUUUCCUCCUUCCCCUCCUCCCCAGCACCACCACCCUGUCCCUUUCACCACCUCUUUGUACUGUCACAAUGUCAAGGUGAGCUCAGGAGCCAAGUGUGACACCAAGCCUUGAUGCUGCAUGUUUAGGAUUAGGUGGCCUCUGAGGAGAGUUUAUGUGUCCCCAGAAGAUGGCAAAUGGCUGAAGAAGGUGGUGAGAUGCUCAGGCUCUGGCUGCUUUGCUCUUAGCCCCACCAUGGGCAGGGACUGCCUUGGAGAAAGGCCCUUUUGUCAGAGUUAAUUGUGAACUGUUGCUCAGAAGAGCUGGAUAAGCUGCACUUCUGUGCUGUGACAUCUGCUCUGUUGCUGCUCUGGCCCCCUUGGCCUGUCAUUGUUGGAUGGAGGUUUGCUGGGAGCGAGGAGAAGAUUGCUUUGUGUUCAAAGACAUGAUAGAAUCUGCUGCAUCCCUUUUUGGCAUGACAGUUUUGGAGGGGAAGAGGGAAAGCAGCUGUGCUGCAUUCCUGGUGAACACCCUGAGACCUCAUUUCCAGAAGCAUCUUUCCUGGAGCAGAAGAGAGCUUCCCAUCAGCAUGGACUGGGGAUCUUCCCUGUAGGAAGAAGGGCUCUGCAAUGGGGCUGUGUGUGAGGAGAAGAAAAGCAGAUUUUGGGGGAAAUUCUCACAGAAUAUCAACAUCUGAGUGUUUGGAGUUAAAGAGAAAUGAGUUCAUGCUUCUUUAUUUCUCAGAGAGAUACUUUACUAUGUCCUGCCUCUACUCAGAGCAGAGAGCUAUCCCUGCUGCCUGGGAACAGCUCACCCAAAUUCCCAGCACAUCCAGGCAGACCUUCCCAGCACCCAGCCCCUUCCAUCUGCAGUUUUCUCAAGGAACUUGUGAAAGGGAGCUGGAAGGAACACCAGUGUGAGCACAGCUGAGAAGGGGCCAGAGGGUCUUCCCUGUCCCAGCUGUGUGCUGUUCCCUAAAAAUUUAAAUUGUUUGCACCAACUCAGUCACCCAAGGGUGUCACUGGAGUGAUGCUUUCUUGGAAGUGCAGGUACUAUUUUGGUGCAUGGUACAGGUGGAAGUUUUGUGCCAGGGCUGCAAACUGCAGGCAGUGAAUGUGGCUCCAGCCUCAGGGUCUCAUCAGUGACCUGGUUUGUUUUCUCUUGCCAUUAUUUUUUCUUUCCACCCCAGUAUGCCAGGUUGCAAGGCAGAAGCUGAAAUGUAGCAAAGGGAAGAGAUGCAGAGAUCUGCCAGACUGAAAGUCCAUCCUGUCUCCUGCACAACUUGCCCAUCUGGCCUUUUUAGAUGUCCCUCAGUGCAUGGAUUUUGGGGGAUGAAAAAGUCUGAACUGCCUAUCCUUGGGUCUGCAGGGUGUUGAAUUGCAGAUGGGUGACUCUGGGAACUGUGCUGCCCAGACAAAUGUGAAAACUGUGGAAUGCCUUUAAAGAGGGCACUUGCUUGAGAGACACCUUUAGCUCUGAGCUGUUUGCUUGUCCCAAGGAGUGGGUGGAACAAGGUGAGAAAAUGUGUGGAGGAAUAAAAGAGGCAGGGAAAGGGAAAAGAUGGUUUUAGAAGGCAACUGAGUAUCUUGGGUUGGAAAAUCAAGACAGAUUUGGGGAGUGUGGUGUAGAAUUUUAAGUAGCACAAUGGAUGCAAGCAAAAACAAAAGAAAAUAGCAACGUACUGCAGCUCCAGGAAAAGUUAGCUAUGAAACUGGGCAAAUACUGGUUUAAAAAGGAGGCAGAAACCAAUAAAAUGAAGGGACCAUUUGUGCAGGUGGGAAACAAAAUCACUAGGCUUUGUGCUUUUCUGUGAUUUUUUUUUUUCCUGUAAGAAAAUGCAACUAAAAGAAGUUCUCAAAAGUUAUACUGUUUCAGGAGCACAGACAGAAGUAUCAUAUGAGCUGUUUCCUUUCACGUGAAAGGCUCUUAUUUCCCAGAACUCAAAUGUGUAGAUUUCCUUAGUUCAGGAUAUGGGCUGAAGAAUGCAGACGCGUUCACCACAAGCCCCCAAACCCAGAGGUAGUUUGGAACACUUGAUCAGCAUUCAUUUGUGUGCCAGUCUGUUCAGCAUAUUAUCUUUAAAAGUUUUUUUAAAAAUCUUUCUAAUUUCCUCCCUCCCUGUGGAGUAUCUAUGUCCUUUCCUGAUCUGGCCAGGAAUCAGCUGAAGCACUAGAGCCAUGGCUUGUACCCAAAGUUUUUGUAACAGCUCUAGGUGUGUUCUCUGGUUGUAGGGCAAUGAUGAGAAUAAGCAAGGGGAAUAAAUGAGAUCCUGGCUGUGAUACCACGCUGUGGUGGAUCCUCUGAUAGCUGGAAGGCUCUGGACAUCAACAGGGCUGCUCUGCUAUGGGGCUCACAGGCACAGGCGUGUCUUGGUGCAACCCAAAAGUUUUGUUCUCCAUUUACAUUCCGUGGCUUUCUGAUGGAUGGUGGGCUCAUGGAGCCUUGGCAUAUGGUGGUGUCUCCAAAUGAAUAUCAAAAGCAAAAGAAGAGAAAUUUCCCCCCUCAGCACUGCUUUUCAGGAGUGGAUAAACUUGCUUAACUCUAAGGUAGCUUCUCCACUCCCACACCAAGACAUCUCUUACAUCAGUACCCAUUUAAUGUUUACAUAGUUGCUAAAUCCUAAAAAUUCUUUUCCCUUUGCUGCUGUCCUUGAAAGUACAGACAUUGAGUUUCAAGCCUAGAGAAAGUAGGUGUUUUCAAAACAUCUGUUCUGGCUGGCAGUGUCAUAAAUGACAGAGGCAGAGAUGUCAGUUGCUGCUCUGGCAGGAAUGAAGGAGCAUUCCAACUCUCCUGUGCCUCUUUUUCCCUUCCAAUGCAACACUGAGCCAUGAAACCACUCCCUGAGAGAAGUGAUUGGAGUCCUAUUGCUUGCAAUUUUGAAAAACUGAACUGAGGAAAGAGAUAAGAGACUGAAGAGAUGGAAGGACAAAAUAAUCCAGCUUUCCCCAACAGUUAAGUAAGCUGGUAGAUCAGUUUCAUGUUGGUGGCUUGGGUUUCUCCCAGACCCAGUCUGAGAGCUCUUUUCAAACUAAAGGAAUGACCAUUGGUUUCUCUUCCCUUCUGCUGGUCCCACAAUUUUAGCAUCUCUGCAAGAGGAAGAGGCAUCACAAACCUAACCAUUGCUUCCCCACACUGUCAGGAGUCCUCCACAGGAACUGCCCUCCCUCCCAGCACAAGUGACUGAUCCCACUGCUGAAAACUGGAACAGUUCUUCUGAGGGGGAGUUUAACUGCUGAACUACUGGCAGCUCAGGACAAGGUCCCAGCAGGGAAGAGCUGAAAUACCUCUAAAGAAAAUCAUAGCUCUGGGCGGUCCAAAUGUCUUCUUGCAUGUUUUCUCUUGCUCUCUGCUGGCUUCCAGCCUCUCCAGUCUUUGCUGCUUGAUACUCAGAGAACUGAGUUUGUGCAUUCCCUCCCUUUACUGAGCUCAGAGGGCUGGUGAAGCAGUUUGAUUUCAAUGUGGUAGGUGAGAUCAGAUUUCUCCCUCCAUGGUCUCUUCUUUUUCUCCCUGUGCAGCUCCUGUCCUUGCAGUUCUCAGGACUUGACUAGCAGAGUUUUUAAAUGAAGUGAAAGUCUUAAUGUGAGGUGAAUCCCAAGACCACAAACAGUUUGGACUUCAAACAGUGAGAAAAUUGGCGCCGGAUGAUUCCGCACACAAAGCAGAAAACUUUCAUUUCCUGCAGGCAGGAUGGAAUUGACUGUUAUAUUAAGACUUCAGAAGGAGCACUGCCCCAGAGUAAUUUCACUGCUGUCAGGCAGUGUUGACAUCUAGAUUAACCUCUGUGCAGUGAAUUUUACAGCAACGCUCAUUGUAAUGCAUGUGGGGUAUCUCCUGUAAAUCCCAGCUGAAGCCCACACUGUCCCACCCUUCUGCACAGGAGGAAGGGUUGGGGAGCAGCUGCUAUCAUUUUUGACCCCAGCAAAGCAUGACUCCAACCUCAUCCAGGCCAGUUCUGCUGAAACUGAUUUUCUGCUGUGCUAAAGUGACAAUAGCACCAGCCUGUAUUUUUUUUUCUUCUAAUUCCCCAAAGAGGUUUACAUCACAAGGCUGAAAUUUUUGCCAGUGACAAACAGCUCCCUUCAUGUAUCCAGCCAGCAGUACAGUCCUAAUUAAAAGGCACUAGUUAACUAGAGGCAAUUAGCUGCUUGCACUGAUUAAUUCCAAGACAUACAAUCCCCAAACACAAAGCUCUGAUCAGAUGUGAUCUACAUGGCAGACAAACUCCCAGCUGAUGUGAGAUGGUGGCAUCCAAUCCUACUCACCAGCACACAGGCACACAGUGAACGCUGCCUACCAAACCAAAACUGCAUGGAUUAAAGAAAUUCACACAGUUGACUCAGAAGCCCUUUGGCUCCAGAAAUGAAUGCUCCUGCUGAUAAGUUGAAAGCAUAGGCCUGACCCCAAGUCCUUCUGUCUUUUGCUAUAGGAGGAGAUUGAGUAGUGGCAUUUCCCAGGCAGGACCACAACAGCUUCUUCACUUUUGUGCUGGCAGAGACAAUCCUGUCUGUGGUUCUUGAGAUGCAUCUCUGAGAUUCGCUUUGUGAAAAAAAAGCACUAGCAUGUAAAAAAAUAUAGAAAAGGAAGGGAAGGGUUCUUUGUGUGUUUUUGCCACACCAGCUUAGUGAUACAUUUAUUUUCCUACUCAGAUGUUGCUCUGCAGUCAUCUGCAGGAGGUUCUAGGCAAGAGAAAAGCUAUCAGGUGUUGAAGAGAUCAACCACUAGCCUUAAGGGCAAAAUCCCAAUAGAAAUCUCUUUCAGAGCCCAUCUCUCCUCUCACCCACAGCUCUUCACAGUAGCCUUACCAUUCUGUUUGCCAAAGGUUUUGGACAGCCUGUGAAGAGGUGACAUAUCUUCAGUUUCUCCUCAUCUUUAGGAGGAAUUGUGACAUUUCUGUAAUUUGACCCAUCAGGAAGAUUCCUUCAAACUAACAUUUAUUACCUCCAAUCAGAAUACAGCUGAAAAGGCUACUCAAGGUUAUAGAAAAGGUCAAGCUCUUGCUUUGGACUGGAAUUUGCUUUGGAAGGAAUUUGAUGGACCAAUUUAACCACCACAGCACAUCAAAACCUGGUGGCUUCAUUUAAAAAGUAAUCAGUAUUGUAUUUCGCUUUAGACAUCCGUGCAUUAGUGUUCUGCAAAUAUGAUUUCCUCUUUGUUUGCAUUAUUGAUGCCAUAAAAUGUCAGACACAUUAAAGAAAAAAAAAAAAGAGGCCAACCUUUGGGGUUUGGAAUGAUUCUAGCUGAAUUGCAGUUGGGUUACUUUCCUUUUUAUUUCCCAUGGCAGCGAUGCACUGUUACUCAUUCUGCUAUUGUUUUACAAAGAGUUCUCAGUAAGUGUGUUUAUUCAGCCAACCAUAUUUCAGAAAACACAUAACCUUGAUAUUUUUUCCUGUAUGUGGCAGCGUGUGUGAAUGCGUGCUGGGGAGAGGAGGGGAGGUGGAGCUUUUGACAAGAGCCCUCCCAAGUCUGGUAGUGUGCUGGCUUUGUGCAAUGCUGUGUGAAUCCCUCCCGCUCAGGUGCCUGGCUUGAUUUAACCUCAAGAACUGACUUUUGUAAUCAGGAUUUGAGGUCUUCUGCUUUAGCACUGCCCAGAAUCUGUCAUCUGCUCUCACUAUUCAGCAGCCAUCUGCUAUCCAGAGAGGUUCCUAGAUGUCUAUGCCACAGAGAUUACACAGUAAUUGAGUCCCAGGCAUGCAAUAGAGGAGGUUUAGCUCAUUCUGACCCUGGACCAGCAGCAAGUUUGCUGCUUUAGCUUGGUUCCCACCCAAGGUUCACUGACUACAGUUCCCAAGACAAAUACUCUUAGCUGCUCAGAGCUGUUUCUCACAGACCAUUACAAGUACAGGCCUUGGAGGCUGUAGCUCUCUGCCUCGCCUCUCUAUAAUGAAUGUGGAUCCAUUUUUCAGUGAUCCUGGGAAUUUUUUUGAAGGAUAUUCUCCCUCCUAAAAUCUAAGAAAUUUUCAAGCAUUCCCUCUUGUUGAAAAGUGAAGAAAUAAGGUGGAAAUAUAUCCCCUGUGUAGAGAUUUUGAUCAGAGGUAAAAUUUCAGCUUUUCCUCACAGUGACAGCAAGACUUGGGUGCAGGAGGAGAAGAAUACAAUGGAGCAGUCUAAGGAAGGGACUCAGCUAGGACCUGGAUUGAAAAGUCAUCUGUUCACCUACUGAGCCAUGGCCAGUUUCAUACAGGAAGAGAUCUCCAGCUUUUCUUGAGCUUCAGAUUCCUGCCCAGCUCUCUUGUUUCUAUUCCAGUUCUGAGGAAUGACUGUCAGAUGACCUUCAAAUCUCCUUAUCUUCACAGAUCCUUCCCAGGGCUAUCCAAACAGCCCAAAGAAGUGAUGACAGGGGCUGAAUGGGUGUGUAAUUCAGGGUCUUUCUCUUCCUUUUUCAUCAGGGGCAGAGAUAGUGAAAGUGACAGAACAGAAAAAUUAUUUUCCCCAACAGCAGUGAUCCAGUUUCUUUUUAAACUCUGAUAUUUAAGACACCAUACAGCAGUACCUAUAAAUAUGCCUUGAAAUGUUGAAUGAGCACACGAGUAUAUUUGAUUUUGUUUUUAUGCCUAUAAUUUCUCUCACCAAGAAUUCAGCCGUUACUCAGCUCCCAGCAGGUUGUUCUGAUUGCUGGAGAGAUGGUUGGGAUUGAUUCCGGCUGUGACCUGCUCCAGUCCAGCCUCAUUCUUAUGUAGCUAGAUUGAAACAAUAGAAAUCAGCAAGAGACUGAGUUGUUGUUCCUGUGAAACCGAACCUUCUUGUGCAACUCCAGGCUAAAUGUAGAAGGCGUUGAUGACCCACAACUUUGAACUCAGUAAAGGCUGCAGGUGCUGAGAGGCACUGAACAGAUGUUAGGAACAGAACAGCGGGAGAGAGAGAAAUGCUACAAGAGGAAAAAAACCCAAACUAACAAACAUUACAUCAGAAAAGACAGUGGUUGGUUGACAAUAUAAGAAAACCCACUACUGUACAUGAGAAAAGACACAGAAUACUCACCCUGGUAACCAAGAACAUUGGCCACCAGGACAGGAGCAGCUCAAACCUCCUCUCACUUUUAAUUUCCUUUUUCUCCUUCUCCUGCUAAUACAGAACAAAUCCUGGCUUAUGGCCUUUCUGGACGCUGAAAUUAAGAGGCAGAUUUGGGAAAGGAUGAGAGGGACUGGAUCCUGCUGGAUGACACAACAGCUUUAGAGCCCAGCACCUCUCAGUAGAAAGUUCCUGGUCUGCCCGGUCUGCCCUUUCUUUGAUUUUUUUUUUUAAUUACAAUCCCUAGUUGCUUCAAGUGGCGUUCACAAACAGCCUAAAACAGUUCAGCCCCAAUCUCUUGGUAAGAUGGAGAUUCCAGCAGAUGGACGGACGUCGUGAGCGGCGUCCCUGCGGAUCAGCACCGCGGACAGAGGCACCGGCCCGGCGCGGCGGCCGCCGCUGGAGCGGGAGCCCCGCAGUCCAUGGAGGAACCCAACUUCUGCAGGAAUCCUGCCCACGCUGCUCAGGGAACUGCUGCCUUACCCUUCGUUCCUUUCUCCCAUGUUUUUUUUCUAGUGUGAAAUCAUUAUCUGGCCUCUUGUUUUCAAGUGAUGGAGGAGGGAUGGUUUAAAACACAAACCAAUCAUUCCGAUGCAAGAGAGAACCAUGUUUUCCUUCAGAGUUAAGCUCUCUGCCCCACUUUUUGCUGUACUGGUAUUCCACCUGUGAAUGCUCCAUCUCUAAUUUGGAUUGUGAAAGGUUCUUAUCUUCUCAUCCAUUGAGACAGUUUGACAAAUGGAGAGAUAUUACACUGGUAGCCCUUUAGAAACAGAAUCCUUAUUUUAUUGGAAGCAUCAUGUGAUUGAGAUUUCAGCCAUCAAUUGCAUUUACUGUUGGUAAAGGGUAAACAGACAAAUCUCCUGGAAAAUUGCAAGUAAGGGACAUAUAAAUGACACCGUGGCCACUGGAAGUUAUGUUCCCCAAAAAAAAAAAAAAAAAAGAAGAAGCCACAUUACUGAGCAGUAGAGGGUUGUCAGAAUCAUAGAAUGGUUUGGGUUAGAAGAGAUUUUAAAAAUCACCUAGUUUCAACACCCCUAGCAUGGGCAGGCACAUUUUCCACCCAGCUAAGUUGCACAAAGCCCUGUCCAUUCUGGCCUUAAAGAUCAGAGAAAGAUGAAGAGCCACAAAGACACCAACAGGCAGGGCCCCAAAUGGAGAAGCAGUCUUAUCUCACAGAGGAAAAAAAGGAAAAUGUCUCAGCAUUCAUCUUGCUCAGCCUGUAUAUUUGGGAUUUCACCCCACAGGUAUUCCUGGAUCACACUAAGGAAGCUGUACCCUCAAAUUAGAGUUGAAUGUCUCCUGGACCUCUUCAUCCUGGUGAGAAGCUGUUGGGCAGGAGCAUGCAGGCUCAUUAACACGCCUGAAAAAUUUAGUGUGAAGAAGAAGAGCCAGAAAAGUAGGCCAGAAAGUUGGGCUAUUCCCCCCACUCAACAUAUGCUGCUUUCUGGAAGCACUUUCCUCUGUAUCCCACCUCCCACACACUCCCCAGCUGUGACUGGAAGUUACUACAAUGGGACAUGUGGAUGGACACACAGAGACAGAGAGGACUGGGAAGUGUCUGAGAUACAAGACUUCAAAACUUGUAAGUAGCAAUACUGAAAACCAGGAAUUAAGGCCAGACUUGUGGUGCUUAGGGCUCUCUGGGAAUCAGAAAGGAUGAGCUUGCAGAGGAUGGCAAAGAUAAUUUAAUAAGGGGCUUGGAGAACAAAUGAUGCUAAGAGGAGGGAUCAAAGAAUCCUACUGGGACAUGGGGAGAGGAAGGAAAUGGACAAGGACUUGAUUCCCAGUGAAGGGUCAGUGAUUAAGAGGGUGGUGAAGGUCAGAUAGGACCUGUGGUGAAGCAAAUGAGAGCCUUGGUUGGGGAAGAACUAUAGAUGUGAGGAAAGGGUCCCUACAGAAUGAUGUGUGCUCGUCUGAAUGGGUCCUGAAGGUUUCUCCAAACCUUCAGUUCUGCUGGGCUUUCUCCAGAUCCACAAUUUCUGCUUCAAACCCAGCAAACGCCAUAACUUUAACUGCAUACAUUUUGCUCUCUGACAGCUCUGGUUUCAGUACUAACAGUCUAAAUUGUUUUAGUUCCCCUCAAUCCUCCUGUUCAACCCCCACAACCAGCUAAUUCCUUGUGUGAAGGAGAAUUGGCUUUUUUUAUUAUUAUUUUUCUAUUAUUUUUUCCCAGAAGUGUCCAUUAAAUUUUCAGCUAAACUGGAAGGCAAUUUUUUGCAUGAGAGCUUUACAUAGAUAGGCUUAAAGCAGAACAAAAAAAAAAAAUAACUAUACUAAAUUACCUCCCCCUCCCCCACCAUGUCUUAAUGAAGUGCUGUUUUACAUAAGUUAUUUCAAGAGAAAUGAAGUAUUUUUGGGCGGGCAAGCAAUCAACAUUUAUUUAGGUUUCCAGGAGUGUUGCAACUCCCUUUGAAUCUUCUGAGUCAGGCAAGGAGGCAAGUUUUCCCCAGGUAAAGUUUGAGGACACACAACUUUCUUGGGUGAAGGCUGUCUUGGGGUCUUCAGUCUGUUCUUGGGAAUGUUUUUAGGGGCUGCACUGUGCACUUGCUCUGGUAAUUUAUCCAAGGUUUGUGUGUUGAAGCGGUGCUGUCUGUCAGGGGUUUGUGUGGCAGCGUGAUGGCCUAGGCAGAAAAAUCACUCUGAUUUCCUGUGCUGGCUUCAAAAAAACCCCAUGCACCUUCCAGAAAUCUACAAGGGGAGACUUAAUUUCCAGGCAAUUGCUCCUCCUCCCAGCUGAAGUGCCCUUCAGCAGUGCAGGCAGGCUUGGCCCCAGGAGGUGCAGCUCCCCAGCUCACUCUGGCAGGCACCAGAGUACCUCUCUGGUGCUGAGAGGCGGAUGGGGCUACAGCUCAGAGGAAAGAUAUUUUGAUGGCAUUUGUGUUGUUACUAUUAUUUAAACCAGCUUAUUUUAAUCUCUGCUAAUGUCACGGAAAGAUAGCACGAGCAGAGAACAAUCCCUAUGGUGAUCUAUGUUGAAUUGGUUUCUAUUUUUUUGGCAUAAUUUUUUUACACAAUGCACCAAUCCACAUUUGCUUAGUCUGGGGCUUCUUUUGCAUUUUUUGAGUCCUAUUUACCAUUUUGCAAGUGAAUUGAUGGUUCUCAAUCUUCUCCAAACUGCAGUUUCCCCUUCUUCUCCAAACCAAAAUUCACCAUUUUCUCCUGCUGGGAACAAGCCAGGUUACCCCUUCAGGGAGAAUCUGGUGGGAGCAAGGAAGCUGUGACCUCUGCCUGCCCACCCCACCUCCACCAGCUCCAACUCAGAGGAUGAGUUUUGGCCAAGGUGGGGUCCCUGCUUGUCCCCUACCUGCCACAUCAUGUGCAUCGAGCUACCCUGGAAGGGGAUGACUGAUACAGCAUUAGUCACACUGACAUGAAGAGUUUUUAAAUUAAGAAUUUGCAGUGAGGUCCAGGGACCUGUUAAAGUGCUGAGGUAUUUACCCUCCCCAGACCUUCCCUUCCUUCCUGCCCUGCUUUGGCCCUUCCUCUCUCCCCAGCCUUGAAAUGAAACAGAAAAUUAUUUUUUUAAAACUGUGUCGAUAAUUUAUGUUUAGUAUAAAGGAUGAUUUAAUGGCAUCACCAAAGGUCAUUUUUUUCAUCUCCGUGUUACUGCCCCAGCCCCAGAGGCUGUGCAUCCCCUCUUUCCCAUAACUCCACUGCCCUCCCUUCCAUCCACCUCACCCAUCCUCUGUCACCACCCACCCACCCCAGCGUUCCACGCACCCGACACCCGCUUCAGGUUCAGCCGAUGGAGAACAGAGAUUUCAAACUGAAACCUCCACUCCAGACCACCUCCAACUGAAACCAUCUCCACCCUGAAAACAGUCAGUUGCUGCAAACGACAGGCAGACUCAUUUCUUGAACUCUGUAAGGUUUUUUUUAAAGCCUUUUAUACCUAUUUACGUGUGCGCGUGCGUGCACUGAGUGUGCACAGUGGUACCUGUGUGCACAAAUGCACACAAAUCUCUCUCUCAAGUAUAAAUAUAUUGUAUGUUAGAGCUGUAAAUACUCCUUGGUCACGUGUCUAUGUCUUCUUCAAGGUAUCAUAUCCUCAGUGUUACGUUAACAACUCCAUUUAUUGAUUGAUGAAACUAUGUGUAGACCUGUACCUUCCUGACAUAGUUUAUGUAGCUCUCUCUUCUCAAAUAAAGUACAAAACUACCACCA